CGCCCCCUCGUGUGCAUAUGGGCAUUCAAUCCUAGCAGACGAGAUACUACUUUCGUAUCUUGGUAUUAUUGCUCUUGACUGUGGAGGUUAGACUCGUAAUAAUAUCGUACGAAUAACAUUUUUUGGAAUCGAGAAAUUGAUUAUGAUGGCAACGAGAGGAUGGAAAGUCGUUCAGGCUCACGUGCCCAUGAUAAGAUUUCGCAAAGGCGGAACUAAUCCAGCCAUUGGAGGUGCGACUGCGACUCGAUCAGCUGCGCCAGGAACCACUAUGAAAUCCGGUGGACCCGGGUCUACUGGACCCGGUGCGAUUGCUUUGCCUGUUAUCGAAGAUUUCCAACUACCAUUGAGAUUUCAAAGGAGGCCCAUUGAUCCGAACGAAAUCGAAUACAUCAAUCGCGGUGGACCUGAAUGAUCAUCCAUCCACAAAUUGCUCUGUCAAACUUGUCAUUAAAUUAGUAAAGUAACUCCAUAUAUUUCACCGGACAAAGCUAUGUAAUACUUAUAAUAUGAAUAAAUGAAAAUAUUUUCACUUCAA